AAUUCCUUGCCUUUCAGACUUCUCUAUUGUUACGUAGCAGUAGGUGGAGAGGAAAGAGUCACGAGAGAGGAAAAGGGCUUGUGGCUAUUUAAACCCAGCCUUCCCUCCUCUCUCACACAAAACGUAAAGAUGAGGGACUUUAGACUGAAAUGCUUUGGGCUGAUUCUCCUUGUCAUUCUUGUGAUGUGCUCAAAUUUUGAUGCUUGUGAGGGGAGGAAAGGAAGGCGUUGGAGGAAACAAAAGCCUCCCUCUUCCUCCUUGGCUAGAAAGAAGGUAAAAAAUGGUGGUAGCGACAACCAUGGCAGCGGAGGAAGAGGAGAUUACCUGAGUGCAACUCUGAGCCCAAACCCGAUAACAGAGUAUCCGAUGAAGACAGCCAUGUUCAAUGUGCUCGAUUUCGGAGCAAAGGGAGAUGGCAUCGCAGAUGACACCGAGGCCUUCCAGGCUGCAUGGGCUGCUGCUUGCAAGGUGGAAGGGUCAACUGUGGUUGUUCCAGCAGAAUUUGAAUUCCUUGUAGGCCCUAUCUCCUUCUCUGGACCUUAUUGUCAGACCAACAUUGCUCUCCAGCUGGAUGGAAUGAUCAUUGCUCCAACUGAUGCCAAAAGGUGGGGUUCUGGGCUACUGUGGUGGAUUGAGUUCUCAAAGCUGCAAGGAAUAUCAAUUCAAGGCAGUGGAACAAUAGAAGGGCAAGGCAGUGUAUGGUGGACAACUAUGGAGUCUGAUGUUGAUCCAGUAAGCCACAUAAACAUCUAUCUCCAUCAUAAAUAUAUGAAUAGAUCUAUAAAUGCUGAGCUCAGUAUGAAACUGCCGCAGAUCAAGCCAACUGCUCUGAGAUUCUAUGGGAGUUACAAUGUCACAGUAAGUGGCAUCACAAUCCAGAACAGUCCACAGUGCCACCUCAAGUUUGACAAUUGUGAAGCCGUCCAGGUCUUCAACAUGACAAUCAAUUCACCAGGAAGCAGCCUUAACACAGAUGGCAUACAUCUUCAAAAUUCUAGAGAUGUUAUGAUUCAUCAUACCAACAUGAGCUGCGGUGAUGACUGCGUCUCCAUCCAAACCGGAUGCUCAAACAUCAAUAUACACAGUGUAGAAUGUGGCCCAGGCCACGGGAUCAGCAUUGGAGGCCUCGGAAGAGACAACACCAAAGCAUGUGUUUCUAACAUAACAAUAAGGGCUGUCAAUAUGCACAACACCAUGACCGGUGUCAGAAUCAAGACCUGGCAGGGUGGAUCGGGCUCCGUCCAGAGUAUAAAAUUCUCAAACAUAAGAGUAUCAGAGGUCCAAACUCCAGUUGUCAUAGACCAAUUUUACUGUGACAGAAGCUCCUGCAAGAACCAGACAUCAGCAGUGGCACUGUCCAGCAUCGCAUAUGAGAACAUAAAAGGGACCUAUACAGUAAAACCAGUGCACUUUGCUUGCAGCGACAGCUCUCCAUGUUCAGACAUUAGCCUAACCGAGGUUGAGCUUGAACCACUACAGGAACAUUAUCAUAUUUAUGAACCCUUCUGCUGGCAGGCUUUCGGGGAACUGUACACCCCAACCGUUCCUCCAAUUGUCUGCCUGCAGAAUGGAAAACCAACAAGCAAACCUAUCUUGUCCGAUGAUGACUUGUGCUGAUACUACCAUGGUCAAUAAUCAUUGAUGCAAAUACAUGUGUGGUCAUUUAAUUAUCA